AUGGAGACGGCGUGGAGGACUGGGCUGCCCUGCACUAUUGUCAUUGUUGUAGCACUCGCCAUGCAGAUCGCCAGAGGUCACAGACAUGAGUUUGGUCAGUCGCAAGCUGCGUUCCUGUCCAGUCUGGGUCACUAUGAGAUCGCCGUCCCAGUGCGUGUGGAUCCUGAAGGGGGCGCACUGGACACAUCUCACCAACAGCACAGAAGAAGAAGACGCAGCGCUGACGACAAGCUGCCUGACUCUCUCUUCUACCAGCUCUCCACAUCCAACAACAACUUCCUGUUAAACCUGACGCUGCAGGGGGGGCUGCUCUCUCGCCAGUUCAGGGUGGAGUACUGGAAGAGGGGACGCCUGGCCUGGAGUCACCCAUACGCCCCCUACUGUCACUAUGUGGGACACCUCCAGGACCGGCCACACUCCAGUAAAGUGGCUCUGAGCAACUGCAACGGCCUGCAGGGGGUGAUCGUAGCUGGGGGAGAGGAGUACCUGAUUGAGCCUCUAGUGUCGCCGAACAAUGACACACAGACGGACAGAGGAGAGAGGACAGAAGGGCGCCCCCAUGUGGUUUACAAGCGCUCCUCCCUCCGCCACCAGUACAAGGGCCAGUCCUGUGGAGUCAUUGAUGAGAAGCCGAUGAAGACUGCAGCGUGGUGGCAGAGGACCCUGAAGACCCCCCCUCACCAGGUGGGCCGGGGGCAGCUCCCUCUGAAGCGCUCUGUUAGCCGCGAGCGCUACGUGGAGACGCUGGUGGUCGCCGAUAAGAUGAUGGUCGGUUACCACGGGAGACGGGACAUCGAGCAGUACAUCCUGGCAGUCAUGAAUAUUGUUGCCAAACUGUUCCAGGACUCGAGCCUGGGCAACGCUGUCAACAUCGUGGUGACCCGCCUCAUCCUGCUCAUGGAGGACCAGCCGACCCUGGAGAUUAACCACCACGCGGGGAAGUCCUUGGACAGCUUCUGUAAGUGGCAGAAGUCCAUCCAGCACCGCAGCAGUUAUGGGAACGCCAUACCGGACAACGGGAUCGCCCACCACGACACCGCCGUGCUUAUCACCAGGUACGACAUCUGCAUCCAGAAGAACAAGCCCUGUGAGACGUUAGGCCUGGCUCCUGUCGGGGGGAUGUGUGAACCAGAGAGGAGCUGCAGUAUUAAUGAAGACAUCGGACUGGGCACAGCGUUCACCAUCGCCCAUGAAAUCGGACACACUUUUGGCAUGAAUCACGACGGCAUUGGAAACGCCUGUGGCCCGCGCAGUCAGGAGACAGCCAAGCUCAUGGCCGACCACAUCACCAUGAAGACCAAUCCCUUCAUCUGGUCGGCCUGCAGCAGGGAUUACAUCACCAGCUUCUUAGAUUCUGGUAUGGGCUCCUGUCUGAACAAUGUGCCCCUGAAGCAGGAGUUCACUUACCCCACCACUGCCCCGGGACAGGCCUACGACGCAGAUGAACAGUGCCGCUUCCAGUAUGGCGUCCGAUCUCGCCAAUGUAAAUAUGCAGAAGUGUGCAGUGAGCUGUGGUGCAUGAGUAAGAGUAACCGCUGUAUCACGAGCAGCAUCCCAGCAGCCGAGGGAACCAUCUGUCAAACCAACACCAUCGAGAAAGGGUGGUGCUACAAGCGAGUGUGUGUGGCCUACGGGACCCGACCUGAGGGCAUAGAUGGGGGCUGGGGGACGUGGUCUCCGUGGGAGGAGUGCAGCCGCACCUGUGGAGGGGGCGUGUCCUCGUCUGUGCGCCACUGUGACAGUCCCAGGCCAACUAUUGGAGGAAAGUACUGCCUCGGGGAGAGAAAACGUUUCAGAUCAUGCAACAUUGAUGACUGUCCCCCGGGUUCACAGGACUUCAGAGCCAUCCAGUGCUCAGACUUUGACAGUGUCCCGUUCAGAGGGAAGUUUUACACCUGGAGGCCCUACAGAGGAGGUGGAAUGAAGUCCUGCUCCCUGAACUGUUUGGCGGAGGGAUACAACUUCUACACUGAGCGCGCUCCGGCCGUGGUGGACGGGACUCCGUGUCGCGCCGACUCUCUGGACGUGUGUGUGAACGGAGAGUGUAAGCACGUUGGGUGUGACCGUGUGUUGGGGUCAGACGUGAGGGAGGAUCGGUGUCGUGUGUGCGGAGGAGACGGCAGCAGCUGUGAGUCGGUGGAGGGACUGUUCAACGAAUCUCUGCCUGAAGGAGGGUACGAGGAGGUGGUCCGAAUUCCCAAAGGAUCCGUCUUCAUCCACAUCCAGGAGCUCAAUAUCUCCCUGAACUACCUGGUGCUGAAGAGUAAGAGCGAUCAGUUCUUCAUCAAUGGGAAGCAGGGCAUAGACACUCCACGCAGGUUUGAGAUCGCAGGCACCACCUUCCACUACAGACGCCCCACCGACGGACCUGAGACCAUCGAGGCGCUCGGACCCACCAACAUCACCCUGGUCGUCAUGGUGCUGGUGAGGGAGGAGAACCCAGGCAUCCACUACAGGUUCAACCCGCCCAUAAACCGAGAGCCUCUGAGCGGGCACGCCUGGCACUACACCACCUGGUCCCGCUGCUCUGCCCUGUGCGCUGGAGGUUUCCAGCUGCAGCAGGUGGUGUGCAGGAAACAGGCCGAUCACUCUGUAGUCAACAACCACUUCUGUGACAAGAAAAGUCGACCCAAAGAGAAGAGAAGGCCCUGCAAUACUGAGCCCUGCUCCCCAACCUGGUGGACAGGUGAGUGGUCCGAAUGCAGUCGCAGUUGUAACGGGGGCCUGAGGUCUCGGGGGGUCCUGUGUAAAAGGAGGAUUUCUGCGUCUGAAGAAAAGAUUCUGGACGACUCGGCCUGUACACCCCCACGCCCCCCCCUCACCGAGCCCUGCAACAAUCACAGCUGCCCCCCCGAGUGGCUGGCCCUGGACUGGUCUGAGUGCACUCCCAGCUGUGGUCCCGGGUACAGACACCGGGUGGUGCUGUGUAAGAACGGGGAGAGUGGAGACACGCUCCCGGAGUUUCAGUGCCCCAAACAGGGACGCCCCACCUCUAGGGUGCGCUGUAACCUGCAGCGGUGCCCACCCCCACAGUGGAUCACCGGGCCCUGGGGAGAGUGCUCUGCGAAGUGCGGUCUGGGGCAGGAGAUGCGCUCGGUGCAGUGUCUCUCUCAUACGGGGCUCCCCUCGCAUGAGUGUCUGGAGCUGCAGCGUCCGGCCUCGAUGCAGCAGUGCAGGAGCAAGUGUGACCUCAGCCUGCCCAUCACUGCAGAGGAGAACCCCGAAGAGUGUAAAGAUGUGAACACAGUGGCGUACUGCCCCCUGGUGCUCAGGUUCAAGUUCUGCAGCCGGCCUUACUUCAGACAGAUGUGCUGUAAAACAUGUCAGGGCCACUAA